UCCUCUCAACAACUCUCUCUCUCUUUCAAAAACUUUCAUGGAGUCCAACAACAGCAAAAACACCGAGACCAUCAAAUUCCUCUGCAGUUAUGGCGGGAAAAUCCUCCCUCGCUACACCGACGGCACGCUCCGCUACGCCGGCGGCCUUACACGUGUCCUCGCCGUCGAUCGCUCUAUUUCUUUCACAGAGUUGAUGGUGAAGCUCGGAGAGUUCUGUGGCUCAUCGGUGAAUCUCCGGUGUCAAUUGCCGACCGGAGAUUUGGAAACCCUAAUUUCGAUCACUUUCGACGAGGACUUGGCGAAUGUUAUCGAAGAGUACGAUCGCGCUUCUUCUUCGUCGAUGAACAACCGUCCUUUGAAGAUCAGAGCGGUGCUUUCGCCGCCGAAAUCUCUCAAACAAGUAUCUCCUCCUCAAACUCCCGCCGAAUCGUUGAGAAACUCGCCUUCCUACCGAUUCGCUCCCCGGACUUACUCGCCGCCGGCCGGUUACUCAAUCGGCGCUCGGAAUUGCUACCGGAAAAGCUACCCGUAUAGCCGCCAAGUUCAGGAGUAUCCUAGGUUUUCGAAGAUUUACACACAUUGAUAGGAUCUUCUUAUAUAACACAGACUUCGCAAAGCUUGGUUCAACUUGUUUAACCGACUCUACACUUGCACACAGAGAC